CUAUUCAUGUUGCUGAACCAAAAAAAUUUGCUGUUGAGGAAAGAGAUUUACAGAAUAUGCGGCUUAAAUAUGAGCAGCAUCGUCGAUAUCUCCCUGCUUUGGAAUCAACUUGGAGUGGAGGCUUCAAAUUUUUUGAUUCUGCUACUCCCGGUAAAUUUUAUGGUGGUAUCCAGGCUCAACCUCCAAGCAGACUUCAUCCUAUAGCCCUUGAGUUUGCACAGAGAAUGCCUAAAGUCGUUCAGGUUAACCUACUGCCUAGACGCCAGUUUUGGGCAGAUUUAUUUGGGAAUGAUUUCCCUGAUUACUGUGACAUCUCACUGUAUUUUUUUCCGGCUGAUAAUAUCGAAAGAUCCAAGCAGAAUAUUUUUUGCCUCUUUGAGCUGUUGGAGAGCAAUGAUUCCUUGAUGAGAAGUUACAUUGAUGGUCUGGAGUUGCUGAUAUUUUCAUCUAAACAACUGCAAGAGGACUCUCAGAGAAUUAUUGCAAGGAAAAACACAGAAUACUUCUUAUGGGGAAUCUUUCGCCUUGUAAAAUCUGAUCAAAUUCUUCACAAGGGGCAUGAAGAACUCCCUUCAUUGGUUUCCCCUAAGGAAUGUGCUUUUGAUUAUGCCAAAACAGAGAACUUUGACGUUAUAGAUAUGGAUGUUGACAUGGAAGGUGGAAGGAUUGUAGGGACUGUUGAUUUGGUUGUUUCGAAAGAUUUACCACGGAUUACAUGUGGAAUUAAUGGAAAAAUAGAUGUGGAUUCUGCUGCUGAGAAGAUAUUGUUAGAGCAGAAGCCUAACUUUUUUGAUUCAUCUACUAAAUUUACAGAGAAAAUUCAGCAAAAGUUUGCUUUUGAGCACCCAAUGCAAAGCUGUCGAGGGAAGUUAGCAAAUGCUAAAAAUGACAUUGGUGUUUCUCCAGGUUUCAAAGAGAAAUCAAGUAAGAAAGAACCAGAAGUUGUUCCAUUUUCUGAUGAGCAUGCAAAUUCCGUCAGUAGAGGACAUGCUGAAGAUAGAAAUAGGUGUCGCGAACCUUACCUUGUAGAAGUUAAAACUGAAAGCAAGAUGGAUGUGCCAGUACACUGGAGUCCUCCCCCAAAAGAUUGGGUGAAAUUAAAUAUUGAAGGCAGUUCAAUAUGGCAGCUGGGUUGUGCAGGAGCUGGUGGAAUUGUGCGCAAUGAAUUUGGCAAGUGGCUUCUGGGCUACACCGAAACCCUAGGGAAUUGCAGUAGUUUGGCAGCAGAGUUGAAUGCUCUUUAUCAGGGCUUAAAGCUUGUUUGGGAAAAAGGGUUUAGAAAAAUUCUGGUGGAAUCUGCCUCCCUUGAGGUAGUAAAAUGUUUGGAGCAAGCUUCUGCUUCUUUGGAUCCUAAUAGAGAUCUCAUUGAAUCCUGCCGAGAUCUGCUCAAGCGCAACUGGGAAUGCAAAGUGAAACACAGUCAUAGAGAAGCAAACUUGUGUGCUAAUUGGUUUGCAGCUCACGCCAAAUGCCAACCAUUGGGGACACUGACAAUUUUCAAGAACCCACCUUGGGGGCUGAUUCCUAUUUUUCAUAAAGAUUGUACAGGGACCACUCAGGCUCAUGUUAGCUAGUCUCAACCACGCU